GUAAUCUACAUGCUUCGUUUUGUUGUCGAAUUUCAAAAACUGGGAAUUCAAGAAAUGCUGACUUAAAGAUUACCUUAUCAAAUCACUAUAUAAAAAAUAUAUAAAUACAAGAAUAACCUCUUAGACUGUAGAAAUGGAAACGCAAGUCAAAGCUGAAAUAAAAGAGGAAAAACCUAAAUCUACUGGCAAAAAAUCAACAGCUAUAACUGUUGAGCAAAUUCAAGUAGACCCAAUAACUGAGCUUGCAUUUAAAAAUUGGAGCCCGGAGGCAAAGAAAAAUGGUGUACCAUUUAAACCCCAGAUUGUAGAUGAAAUAUAUCAAGUAGAGCUUAUGGGCACAAACUUCUCGACAAAGAGAAUUAUGAUGCUGGAAUUCAGCCGCUACUUAGAAAAUUAUCUGUGGCCAAAUUACAAGAAAGGAAAGGCUAAAACCACCCAUGUGAUGUCUAUUGCUGCAAUCAUCAAUGAAAAAUUUAGAGAAAGGGUUCCAGCAUGGGAGAGUUUUAAAGCCCUCCCUGAAGAGUUUCCUCACUUGUUCCGACAUGUCCUUGACCUUUGUCUUAGUGCCGGUGGCCUCUCCUACAAAGAAACAGCAGUGCUGUUAAUUUUUCUUAUACAUUGUUUCAACAGUCUGGAAGUAGAUUUAAUCAGAGAAAGAGUGCAGAGACUGGUCUCUCUUCCUGUGUGGACUAAUCUUCUUCCAGGCAGGCGAGAAGAGCUGUUCAGAGCCAACCCCAAGUACAAGAAGUUUUACAACGCCUUUCAAAAGAGGGAUGAGAAGCUUCCGCAGGAGGAGAGGGAGAUUGUCCAGUUUGAAAGGAAUUUCUUUGCUAGACUCUUAGAAAAGUUCUUCAACAUCCUGGAUUCCAUUCCUUUUAAAGGCUCAGCAGAUCCCAACAAAAUGCAUUACUGUGAACGUUUCCUGGAGCUGUUGAUUGAUAUUGAAGCCCAGCUCCCUACUCGAAGGUUCGUCAAUGCUUUGAUAGAUGACCGGCAUGUGGUUGUCAGGUGCAAACUCUCACAACUGAUCCACCGUCCAGAGGGCAAGCUGUUUGGACAGCUUCUGGAAAUGCUGGAGUCCUAUGCACUGUUUGAGAUUGAUGAGAUCACAGGGGAAGCCUUGACCAUGCAUGACAGAAUUGACCUACACUAUAAUAAGGUUAACGCCCUGCAGUGUGUCCUGUUCAAGCACUUCCCAGAACUAAAAAACUAUGCCAUCAAAAAUGUGGCCAGUGUGGACACCAAGGAUUCUAUUUUAAAAUUCUUUGAACCUCUCAGUGCUGAAGAUUUGCACAGAUUACUAGCACACUUAAACUACUUACCUCCCCUUGAGACAGAAGAAACACAAUAUUCAAAGACCUUCCUAUUGGAAAUAUUGAAAUGGAAGCAUGAGCGCAAGAUAUCCCAGCAGGAGGCCAUCAAUGAGAUGCCCUUGUACCCCACUGAAGAAAUUAUCUGGGAUGAGAACAUUGUGCCAUCAGAAUUCUUCUCUGGAGAAGGUUGUCUGGCAUUGCCAAAGUUGAACUUGCAAUUCUUAACACUUCAUGAUUAUCUCCUGCGCAACUUUAAUCUGUUUAGACUUGAGUCGACUUAUGAGAUCAGACAAGAUAUUGAAGACGCCAUUACUCACAUGAAACCUUGGAAAGCUGAAGAUGGUCACUGUUUGUUUGGAGGUUGGGCUCGCAUGGCGCAGCCUAUCCAUUCUUUCACCAUUGUGGAGGUGGCUAAACCACAGCUUGGAGAAAACCACCCUGCUCAGGUCAGAGCUGAUGUGACCUUGAACCUCAGUGUCAGGCCAGAGGUCAAGUAUGAGUGGCAAGGUUUAAGAAAACAUGACGUUGCUUUUCUGUUAACACUGCGGCCUGAAGUUCCUAUUGGAUAUAAAUACAACCACCAAGAACCUUUUAAACCACAGGUUGGUCUUGUUUACGUGAGAGGUUGUGAAAUUGAGGGACUUCUUGAUGAGAGUGGGAAACUUAUUGAAGAAGGUCCAGAGCCUAAACCAGAGUUCCACAGUGACAACCGCACCUACAGAGUGUGGCUGGACCCCAACCAGUAUCAGCUGGACAUGACUCAAAACGUCAGCGGCAAGGAGGACGUGUAUGAGACGUUUAAUGUGAUGAUGAGGAGGAAGCCCAAGGAGAACAACUUUAAGGCAGUGCUGGAAACUAUCAGAGACCUGAUGAACACAGAGUGUGUGGUGCCAGACUGGCUACAUGACCUCAUCCUGGGUUAUGGUGACCCUGACUCUGCACACUACUCCAAAAUGCCCAACAGAAGUGCUAACUUAGACUGGAACGACACAUUCCUAAACCUGGAACAUUUGGAGGCAAGUUUUCCUGACUUCACCCUCACAGUGGCUGGUGAGAAAGAUGCUCAGGUCCCACCUUUCAAGUUGUCAUUUGAAGAUGAAAAGUCUGAAGGAAAGAGAGAGAAUGAGACAGAUGAAGCAAAAGCAAAGAAAAUAGUGAAAGCUAUGCCACAUAUUAUAUCUAACAGAGGACCUUACCCAUACAACCAGCCUAAAAAGAAUGCCAUCCAGUUCACGCCCACCCAGAUCGAGGCCAUCCGAGCAGGCAUGCAGCCUGGCCUGACCAUGGUGGUGGGGCCCCCUGGGACGGGUAAAACUGACGUGGCCGUGCAGAUUAUCUCAAACAUCUACCACAACUUCCCCAACCAGAGGAUGCUGGUGGUCACACACUCCAAUCAGGCCUUGAAUCAGCUGUUUGAAAAAAUCAUGGCCCUUGAUGUUGAUGAGAGACAUUUGCUGCGUCUUGGUCAUGGUGAGGAAGCUUUAGAGACAGAGAAAGAUUUUAGCAGGUAUGGCCGUGUGAACUACGUGCUGGCCCAGAGGCUGGAACUGCUGCAGGAGGUCAACAGGCUGCAGAUCAGUCUGGGAGAGAUAGGUGACAUGUCCUACACCUGUGAGACUGCUGGCUAUUUUUACAUCUACCAGGUUCUGUCACGCUGGGAAGAGUUUCAGAGCAAGAUCAAGCCAUUUUAUGGCCAGGAUGAACAUGUUAAAAAAAUCCAAGCUUUUUUCCCGUUCAACAAAUUUUUCGCCAACGCCCCUCAACCAUUGUUUCAUGGUAAAACAUUCACUGAAGACAUGGACAUUGCUGAAGGAUGUUUCACUCACCUCAAGAAAAUCUUCACCCAGCUGGAGGAGUUCAGAGCGUUUGAGCUGUUGAGGAGUGGAUCUGACCGAGCCAAUUACCUGCUGAUUAAAGAGGCAAAAAUUAUUGCCAUGACGUGUACACACGCAGCUCUCAAGAGACGAGACCUGGUCACCGUGGGCUUCCAGUUUGACAAUAUUUUGAUGGAAGAGUCAGCACAGAUCCUUGAGAUAGAAACAUUCAUUCCUCUCCUGUUACAGAAUCCUAAAGAUGGCAACAGCAGAUUAAAAAGAUGGAUCAUGAUUGGUGACCACCACCAGCUGCCCCCUGUCAUCAAAAACAUGGCCUUCCAGAAGUUUUCCAACAUGGAACAGUCCCUGUUUACCCGUCUGGUGAGACUGGGGGUUCCUACAGUUGAUUUGGAUGCUCAGGGAAGAGCCAGAUCAAGUCUGGCACAGCUGUACAACUGGCGCUACAAGAAGCUGGGAUCACUGCCUCAUGUGCUCAUCAGGCCAGAGUUUAGACAAGCCAAUGCAGGCUUCCUGUAUGAGUUCCAGCUUAUUGAUGUUGGGGACUUCAACGGCAUGGGAGAAUCUGAGCCUAACCCUUACUUCUACCAAAAUCUGGCUGAAGCUGAAUAUGUGGUUGCAGUGUUUAUGUACAUGCGUAUGAUUGGAUACCCAGGGGAACAAAUUUCAAUCUUGACAACAUACAACGGUCAGAAACAUCUCAUCCGCGAUGUGAUACAUCAACGAUGUGGCAACAAUCCACUGAUUGGAAGACCACAUAAGGUUACGACUGUAGAUCGCUACCAGGGCCAGCAGAACAACUUCAUACUUCUCUCCCUUGUUAGAACUAAAGCUGUCGGCCAUUUAAGAGAUGUCCGGCGUCUGAUUGUGGCCAUGUCCCGAGCUCGCCUUGGCCUCUACAUCUUUGCUCGCUCCUCCCUGUUCAGCAACUGCUUCGAGCUGACUCCUGCCUUCAACAUUCUGAACUCACGCCCACAAAUGCUGCAUUUGCUGCCCAAUGAAAGUAACCCCUGCACCAGAAAGCUCCAGGACCCACCCAGUGAGUCGCCAAUCAUCAUCUCAGACAUGCCCCAGAUGGCCCAGUUUGUCUAUGACUUUUACAACGCUCGCGUGGACGAUCUCAUGAGACACAGAGGUUUUAUCAAGGCCAACAGACUUCAAGCCCCACCAAAAACAGAGACAGAGAGCACUGAAGAAAGUUGAUGAUUGUCUGUGUGCUGUCAUCAAACCGUUGCCAUGACGAUAUUUCAUUGGACAGGUGGCAUGGUGUCAACAUCAGCUUUGACCAUUUAGUGCUCACCCUUAAGGUCAAGUCAAAGGUUAAAAAAAAUCUACAGGAGCUGCUGUGAAAUAUUUUCUCCACCCACAACCUGUUGUGGGCAUGAACUUUUGUCAGUGAAUGAAUAGCCUGACCUUUAUUGACAUGGGACAUAUUUGUCAUGUUUUGGUCAUUAUUUGUAUGGAAUUCACAUUUGUAAUGUUUUGGUCAUUAUUUGUAUGGAAUUCACAUUUGUCUUGUUUUUGUCAUUAGCCAUUAUUUGAAUGGAAUACACUUUUGUCAUGUUUUAUCAAAUCUUUGAUUGUCUUGAUGCAAUGUUUUAUUUACCAUUACUUGUUAUUGUUAAAACUACUCCUAAGUAAUAAAGUACACUUUUUA